AAUGCAGUGCAAGUGGAAGAAUUGCGGACGGAGGUCGCCGUGUAUCAAAACACUGAUCUGAUCUGCAUACUGCCUUAAAAUCAUGGAGCAUAUCGGUGACUGAAACAUUACAAUCUUUAAGACUGAAACAGAGCCUGGAUUACUGGAUAACCUUUACCGGCAACAUAAAGUGGGAGCGUAAGAGUUAGUUACAUUGGUCACUGAAGUAACUGGAGCCAAGAUGGCGGGAAGAGAGCGCAGUCCACGCCACAGGCCAUGGUCUGUGUACCGAGCCAACACAUUUGAUUUGUCCUCAGAGAUGAUGGGGUUGGCACUAACAGGAAACAGUCAGGAUCCUGAUGAGCCGGUGCUUGAGUUCAGUCUGGCAUGCAGUGAGCUGGUCACUCCAUCACUGGACCGUAAGCCCAGUAGCUUUGUAGCAGUGAGCUGCACCACCCCUCCACAGGCGUUUUGGACCAAACAUGCACAGACUGAAAUUAUAGAGGGCACUAGUAAUCCAAUCUUCUUGAGCAGCAUUGCCUUCUUCCAGGACUCUCUGAUUACCCAGCACACUCAAAUCAAACUGUCUGUCUACGAUGUGAAGGACCGCUCACAGGGGACUAUGUACCUGCUCGGGUCGGCUAUGUUUACAGUGAAAGAGCUGCUUCAAGACAAACACCACAGGCUACACCUCACUCUGCGAUCAGCCGAGAGCGAGCGGAUGGGUAACAUUACCAUCAUCGCAUGGCAGAUAGAGGAGAGGAGAGAGCAGCGAGCUCCUCUGGCACGUUCAGACACAGUUAAUGGCAGGAUGGUAUUACCUGUUGAUGAAAGUCUGACUGAGUCCAUGGGAGUAAAAGCAAAAUCAGCAUCCCUAUGUAAAGACGCGCUUUUAAAGGCAGUGUUUGGAGGCACUAUUUCACGGAUGUAUCGAUUUCCCACGACUGAUGGAAACCACCUGCGUGUCCUGGAGCAGAUGGCAGAGAGCGUGCUCUCCCUGCACAUACCAAGACAGUUCGUCAAACUACUGCUGGAGGAAGAUGCUGCCAGGGUGUGUGAGUUAGAAGAGUUGGGUGAGUUGUCCCCCUGCUGGGAGAAUCUGAGGAGACAAAUCAUCACUCAGUACCAGACUAUCAUCCUCACCUAUCAGGAGACUCUCAGUAAUUUACAUGACUACAAGGGUCCUUCCUUCAAAUCUAGCACUCUGAAAGGAGAGAAAAAACUAGAGUUUAUACCUACAAACCUCCACAUUCAGAGGAUGAGAGUGCAGGGCGAGUCCGGCUACGAUCGCACAUAUGACGUGGUGACCACUGGGGCCCCUGCGGCACAUCAUCAGGGCUUUAAGGGCAGCGGAUUGAGGAAACUCAUUUUGAAAUUUGAGGAAGCCAAAAAGCAUUCAAGUGAGGGUGAAGGUGCCGGGGAAUCUGCUCCACUUUCUAUGCGGUAUCAGCCACAGGAUGUGUUGAAAGCUAAAGAAAUAAUUUCCCAUGUCAACACUCUGAAGACGCAGGUCAGCUACUACACUGAGCGGCUGUCCCGCGCUGCCAAAGAACGCUCAACCAAUGCACUGGAGAGGACCCUCGCUAUCCUCACAGACAAGACGCGGCAGCUGGUGACGGUGUGUGACAGUAAGCUGCUAACUACAGCUAUCCAGGCACUGAGUGCUGCACGCCCAGAGUUCAUCGCCUCCAGAGGCUCUCUGUCCGCCCAUGACACUGAGCGCGUGGUCCUGAGGAACGACCAGGGCUCUCCACAGGCCAAAUGGAGCGGGAAAGGGAACAGAGCAUCCAUGAACUUAAACUGGCAGGAGGAGGAGUGGGAAAAGAUCUGGCUCAAUGUGGAUAAGAGUCUGGAGUGUGUGAUCUGCUGUGUGGACAGGCUGCUGACGAGAGAGCGCUCGCAGAGCGACAGCAGUGAAGACGUCUUCCUGUCUGACCAGCAGGCCGACACCAGCAAGAGAGGUAGCCAGGGCAAUGCAUUCUGGAUCAACCCUGGUGACGGUCGCUCCACCCCCCUGACCUCAUCACACCCUCUUUCAGCUCAGUCCUCUUCACCAUUAUUACCAGCGUCCUCAUCACCCUUACUGAACCCUGCAUGCCCAUCCAGUCCUAACACUCGCUUCUAUGGCAGUCCCAGUGUUGAAGGCUCCUCUCCUGGUGAAUGGAGUGAAGCUCUGUAUCCUCUCCUGACCACUCUGAACGAGUGUGUAGCAAUGAUGAGCGACAAAGCCAAGAAGUCCAUGGUGUUUCUACUGAUGCAAGACAGUGCUCCCACUAUCGCCAUGAGUUUGUCACUACAGUACCGCAGAGAUGUGGUUUUCUGUCAGACACUGACGGCCCUGAUCUGUGGAUUUGUGAUAAAACUGAGGAACUGUCUAAGUGACAGCGGCUUCCUCAGACAACUCCACACUAUCGGCUUACUGGUCCAGUUCGAGGGGCUCCUGAGCACCUACGGGGAGGAACUCGCCAUGUUGGAAGACAUGAGUGUAGGCGUCAUGGACCUCCGGAAUGUCACCUUUAAAGUGACCCAGGCGACCUCCAGCUUCAGCCCCGACAUGCUGCCUGUCAUCACGGGCAACAGAGAUGGGUUUAACGUGCGUGUUCCUUUAUCGGGGGUGAUGUUUGAUGUGUUACCACGGGAGAUCCAAAAUGGGAUGCUGCUGCGAGUUCAACCGGUAUUAUUCAAUGUAGGAAUCAAUGAGCAACAAACGCUAGCGGAAAAGUUUGGAGACACGUCGCUGCAGGAAGUAGUGAAUAUGGAGAGUCUAACUCGUCUUGCCUCCUAUUAUGACCAGUUUAAAGAAGUGCUGCCUGAAGACUGUCUGCCCCGCUCUCGCAGUCAGAACUGUGUACCUGAGCUACUCAAGUUCCUCAGUCAAAAUGUUAAUGCCAGGAAGAGCAAGAAUGUUGACAUCCUGUUGCAGGCAGCAGAGAUUUGUCGGCGUCUGAACGGUGUGCGUGUGACCAGCUGCAAGAGUGCAAAGGAUCGUACGGCCAUGUCGGUGACCCUGGAGCAAUGUCAAAUCCUCCAGCAAGAGCACUGCAUGGCCCCGCAGGUCUUCACACAGGCUUUGGACUGUAUGCGCAGCGAGGGCUGCAGGCGAGAAAACACCAUGAAAAACGUCGCCAGCCGCAAAUACGCUUUCAACUCCCUCCAGCUGAAGACUUUCCCUAAACAGUACCGACCACCAGAGGGCACCUUCGGGAAAGUGGAAACUUGAACCGAAAGCAGUCCGCUGUUCUGGCCCUCCGCGACUAGAACGGCAUGUUUCUCCUCGUUCGCUUUACUUAAUCACCACAUAUCUGAAGGAAAGUUUUAUUUUGCACAGUCAUGCUGAAAUACGCUCUGGUUAUCAUCCAGAUGAUAAUGUUAAUAUGUCUACAUCCCCAACCUCUUGGCUCUGAGAAGAAAGGAGAUAGGGAAGGAAAAUCACUUGAAGAUAAAUGAGUAGCCCGCUUGUUUAUUGCACUGAAAGCAGGUAAGAAGGCCUGACUCUUAAUAUUUAAAAAGACAAAAAAAAAAAAAAAACAAGACACUGAUGAUUUCAUUUAUCAGAGAAUUUCCUAAAUAAUCCCAAAGCAUCUAAUUCAUUCCGUCUAUGUUUAUUGAAUAAGUAAAUUUUUCAAUACUUUCCAGUACCACACACUUGGUCUUUGUACUAAAAUACAAAGUUCAAAACUAUCAGCACUGAAGCAAAGCUGUGUUUUAUCAUCCUUUAGAUUGUAAAUUCAGUAGGUUAAAGGUAAUGUGUAUGUGCUGUGAUAAAGUAGUUCCUAAGUCAUCCAGUUUCAAGAUUUAUAAGGAAAAUCAAGCUGUUAAGUUAGAGAAUCCAUAUGUGCACCUCAAUGUUCACCCUCACUUCAUUUAAAUUAUACACAAUACUAGCUGCCUUAAGAGAGUCCACCAUUGGUUAAGAUACAUAUGUAGAUAUUUCUAAUCUGUGUAUGACUAUUUGUGAUGUGGCAGAUUAUGUUUUAUUCAUUUACAGUAAGACUCUCUCUUUACGAAAGUGUUAGUGCUUUAAUGCAGGCCUUUCCACUUCUGACUGUGCAUUGUACGGGUUGUAGGGUUUAAGAGGACAAGCUUCCUCAUACUGUUGCCAAGCACAGCUAGUCUCUGUACAGUGAGCAUACUAUGUGAAUAUACAUUCUUUGUAAGGAAAUAUGUGAGAAGACACUAUUAUGUUCAUUGACUGUUUGUAUGUUUUCAUAGUUCAAUGUUUCUUUUUAGGACAUUUAUAUUGGUUGAUAUGAAUGUCAGUACUGAUCUAACAAGGAGCACUGCUGCAGCUGGUCCAGAAAUGUGAAGAAUUUUUCUGCAGUCUUCUGUUUUUGUAAAGCAGAGGGAUGCAUUUAGACUAUUUAUUUUAUUGUAAUAGUUAUACGAAAACCAUGAUAGGCAUUGCAUCAUAAAUGACUAAGACUAACGCUACAUGUAAUGAUCAUCAGCAUUUGUCUCUGCACAAAUAAAUGCACAAAUGGACUGUAAUUUCUGGUUUGUAUAUUGCAAGAAUGAACAACUGAAAGUUUGUAUUUGCAACUUGGGAGACAAGAGCAUGGAUCUUAACCUCUGCUGAAAUGAUUAAUAUUUAAAAUUCUUUAAAAACCAGAUGCACUGCAUGGAAGGUAGGCUACAAUUGUUAUUUAAGUUUACACUUAAUUAUUAUUUUCAAUAAAUGUACAUGUAAUUAUUUUACCACCAAGUCAUUUUAUUUUCAUUUUUCAUGUAAGAGUUUAUCCUCUAUUGUAAGUGCUAAAGCACUGCUAUGUUGUAAGAGCAUGCUGCCCUAUUGAACUUACAGUGUCUGUUUUUAUUUUUUAAUGUAUGUUCAAAUACUUUGUUGUACAAAAUGCCUCUCUCUUCCCUCCAAACAUUA